AACACAAAAGUUCAAGAUCGUGCCGACUUUUGAACGGCCAAAAUUGCCACCUGUUUGUGCUGCCAUCUGGCGGUGAAAACACAAACAAAGAUGGCGGCAGGUAAAACCAAAAAGUGGUGGUGCCUACCUGUGAGUCUGUUCUCCCUCAGGUGGCUGUAAACGGGCCGAGGCUGUCAGCUAGACUGGACGUGUGCAAAUCACGUUCGCCUCACCUAACCGAAAGGCAAACUUUAAUAUUUACACACUCUUGACGGACAUUUUUAAAAUUUUAAAAUUGUAGUGAAUUUUACCUGAGUUUUUAAAAAACAAAAAUUUCGUCGACACACAUUUUUCAACAAGGACCAACCGAAUCAGGAUCGUUGGAAAAGAAGUGAAAUGUUUUCGUCAUUACUGUGAGAAGGCAAGAAAAAUAAAACAGUUGUGUGUGUGUUUCGACCAAAAAGUUGUUGGGCGGUGUUCCCUACCCCCUCUUUUUUUAACCAGUGUGUGUGUGUGUGUGUGUGUAGACUCUCGCUAUCAAACUCUUGGUUGUUUUUCAAGGCCUCAGAGUUUUUUCCCCACCCUCUUUGGCCGUCGGAGCGAAGAAAAAGAUACGAGCUGGGCACCUUGUGGCAUUCCUCAACGGCUUCGACUCACCUGUGCCGCCAAAAAACUGAAACACACAAAAGGGAUUUGACUGGGUUUUCUUUACCUACACACAGGAAAAAGAGACAGAUGGUUGGCCACAUGAUGUACACGGGUCCAGGAUCGUGGCGAUUAGCCGUGGUGGUGACGGUCGUGAUUGUCGUUGCGUCCGUCGUCUCUGGCCAAGAGGCGUAUUUCAACGGAACGCAGGAGAGCGUCGUCACCAGCGUCACCUUCCCACCGACGUCUGCCCAGUUGUAUCACCUGGGAUUCAGUUUCCGAACUUGCGGAUCGCCAUCCACCGGCACCAUUUUGUCCCAGGUAAUGGGCAACGAUCGGAUGACGUUGUCUCUGCUGCCGGCCAAUCAAGGCGGCCGACUGAGUCUGAGUCUCUCGGCCGACGCCAACGAGUUUACGACCGAGGCCGGAUUCGACCUGGCCGACAACCGCUGGCACGACGUCGACCUCCGCUUCCACGAGGAUUUCCUCCAAAUUCGACUGGAUGGCGACUGGACGCCAGUGGUCAAUGCCAGUUUCGUCCAGCGCUCGACCCUCUUCCGUCGCGACGAUGCCGAGGCUAAAGCCAUGACUGUCGGCUCCGGAUUCACCGGAUGUCUCCUGCAAGGACCCUCGUUCCCCCUGACGUCCAUCGACCAACAUUUACGAGUCUCCUGUCCCAUUCCACUAGGACCCGACGUUUGCAGCAACGCGACGACGGAUCCUUGCUGGACUCGCCCGUGCCGCAAUUUCGGCAAAUGCUCGCCGUCCAGCGGCAACGACCAAGGAUUCCAGUGCCGCUGCUCGUUGCGGUACAUCGGCGACCGCUGCCAGCACGACCUGGGAUCGCUCUGCCAGCGUCCGGAAUUCUCGUGCCUCAACGGCGGAUCGUGUCACGAGCAUCCCACCGGCAACGGGACGUCGUGCAUUUGCCCACCCAACUUCACCGGCUCGCUCUGCGAGAACGCGAUGGAUCUGCCCAGGUGCUCCGGCGAGACCCAGUCGUGUCUCAACGGAGGGACCUGCUUCCAGCCAACCAACGGCGAGGUUCUCUGCCUCUGCCCGGCGGGAUUCAGCGGCCCCAGGUGCUCAGACAACACGGACGACUGUCUCCAUCCGUCCAUGUGCCUCAACGGCGGCACUUGCCUGGACGGAAUCAACAAUUUCACCUGCACCUGCAACGGGUACCAGGGGGAAAGGUGCGAAACCAAGAUCAAUCACUGCCUGCUGGACACUUGCCAAAAUGGCGGAACCUGUUUCGACCGAUUCGGCAGUUACGUUUGCCAGUGCGCCGCCGGAUUCAGCGGCAACGAAUGCCAACUGGAAAUGGCCUCCAGGAUGUUGGGAGACGAUCCGGCCGUGCUGUCGGCCACCGUUUGCGAGCCGGACUCGUGCCUCAACGACGGAAUCUGCAGCAGCAGCAUCCAAAGCGGAAUCGAAUGUCUGUGCCUUCCGGGUUUCAGCGGCCCGCGUUGCGAGACGGAAGUCAACGACUGCGCCAACGUCACGUGCCCAGCCCAUUCGCGUUGCGUCGACACCCCUGGGCCGGACACGCACGAGUGCCUCUGUCUCGACGGAUUCGCCGGAACUCCCUGCGUCAACAUCGACGAUUGCCUGUCGAAUCCUUGCCGGAACAACGGGACCUGCGCCGACCUGGUCAACGGCUUCCAGUGCACGUGCGCCGGCACGGGAUUCGGCGGAUUGGAUUGUGGCGAGGAGAUCAACGAGUGCGAGGAUCUCCGCCCUUGUCUCAACGGCGCCACGUGCGUCGACGGCCUGGCCAAUUACACCUGUCUCUGCCCGUCCGGAUUCGAAGGGCGGGACUGCCAGACGGACGUGGACGAGUGCCAAUUGCCGACGACGCUGUGCGGAAUCCACUCGACGACCUGCACGGACCUGGUGGGCGACUACCGAUGCGUCUGCGAGCCGGGCUGGACGGGCCGCCACUGUGACGUCGACAUUGACGAGUGCGCCGACAGUCCGUGCCUCAACAACGGCACGUGCCUCAACCAACUGAACGCCUUCCAGUGCCAAUGUCCCAACGGAUUUUCGGGCGAACGUUGCGAGGUGAAUCGGGACGACUGUCUGCCCGACUUGUGUCGCAAUAACGGCACGUGCGUCGAUCAGGUGGCCAAUUACACUUGCGUCUGUCCGGCCGAGUUCAUGGGCCGCCAUUGUGAGGAAGAAUUCGACGCCUGUGCCACUUUGCCGUGCCAAAAUGGCGCCAGUUGCAUCACCACUCGACCCCAACACAAUUUCUACUGCGAAUGCCUCCCAGGAUUCGAGGGAAUGUACUGCGAGAACAACAUUGACGAGUGUUUCUCUGUCCAGUGCGUGGACGGGAAACAAUGUUUCGAUUUGGUCAACGGCUACGAGUGCCGCUGUCCGGUCGGAUUCACCGGCCACCUCUGCACGGAGAACAUCAACGACUGCGUGGCCAACCCGUGCCAGAACGGUGGCUCGUGCGUCGAUGGCAUCGGCAACUACACCUGCUCUUGCCCGCCCGGCUUCACUGGUCGCAACUGCUCCGAGGACAUUGACGAGUGCGCCGUCCUUAAGCCUUGCGUCUACGGCAUUUGUCAAAACACCAUCGGAUCGUACCAGUGCUAUUGCCGGCCGGGCUUUUCGGGCGACAACUGCAACUUGGAGUUUGACGAGUGUCUGUCGCACCCGUGCCAGAACAACGGGACGUGCAACAAUUUGAUCAACGGCUACGAGUGCGUCUGCGCUCCUGGAUUCACGGGCAAGGAUUGCGACGUCAACAUCAACGAGUGCGAGUCGAACCCGUGCCAAAACAACGGGACCUGCAUCGACGGCAUCGCCGCCUACAACUGCAUCUGCCUGGCCGGAUUCACUGGACCGCGCUGCGAGGUCAACAUUGACGAGUGCCAGUCCAGCCCUUGCCUCAACGACGGACUCUGCCUGGACGGCGUCAACUCCUACGCCUGCGACUGCAACGACACGGGAUUCCAUGGACUCCACUGCGAGGUCAACGUCGACGACUGCCUCAGCGCCCCCUGCGUCCACGGGUCCCAGUGCGUCGACCUGGUCAAGGACUACCAGUGCCAAUGCCACCCGGGCUACGAAGGCAAGAACUGCGAGCAGGACGUCAAUGAGUGCGAGCCCGUCUCCCAGCCGUGCCGUAACGACGCCGAGUGCCUGGAACGCUCCAACCGAACCCUCUACGAGCCUGGCCAGGUCUUCUACAGCGAAACGGAGCCGUUCAGCUACAACAUUUCGGGCGGCUACCUCUGCCGAUGUCUGCCCGGCUUUGAAGGCGUCGACUGCCAGAUAAACAUCGACGAAUGUGCCCUGGCCACGGCCGCUUCGCCCCGCGGCCAGUCGCCUUGCAAGUUCGGCACCUGCCUGGACGGAAUCAACAAUUACACGUGCCAGUGUCUGCCCGGCUACGAAGGAGACGACUGCGAGCUGGAAAUCGACGAGUGCGGCCGAUACGAGCCGUGCCAGAACGGCGCCACCUGCUCGGACCGAGUGGCCGACUACCAGUGCCUCUGCCCGUCCAACUACGGCGGCAAAAACUGCUCGGUUGAGCUCCUGGGCUGCAUCGACGUCUCGUGUCUCCACGGCGGCACCUGCGCUCCUUACCUCGAGGACGAAACGAUCCACAAGUUCACGUGCCAGUGCCCAUUCGGCUUCCACGGCCAGCUCUGCCAGCACGCCACCACCAUGUCCUUCAACGGAUCCUCCUUCAUGCCCGUCCAGACCAACCGCGAGGAAGGAUACGACCUGAGCUUCCGCUUCCGCACCACGUUGCCCAAAGGACUCCUGGCCGUCGGACAGGGGCAGACCUACUACCGGCUGGAACUGCUCAACGGCCAGCUCAACCUUCACUCGAGUCUCCUCAACAAAUGGGAGGGCGUCUUCCUGGGCUCGAAUCUCAACGACGCCGAAUGGCAAUCGGUCCGCGUCCGCUUUAAUUUCACCCACCUGCACUUGGCCGUUAAUCAAUUGGAGGCCUUGUACCCCAUCAAUCCGGUGGAAUCCAUCAACUCGACGGAAACGAGUUUCGGGAUGACGGUCUUGGGCGGCGCCACUUCGUUCCUGCGCAUUUUGGCCCAGGGAUUGCCGUUCUUUAUCGGCUGCAUGGAGAACGUUGUCGUCAACGGCCAGUGGGUCAUUCCCAGUCCCAGUCCUUCGGGCAUCGAGCCUGGAUCAACGGCAAACAGCCAGAACAUGCUGCACUUGCCUGGAAUGGGCGUCGAAAUGGGCUGCCCGCGCACCGACCACUGCCGGCCCAACCCGUGCCAGAACGACGGGACCUGCAACGAUUUGUGGACCUUCUUUAACUGCUCGUGCCAGCGGCCCUUCCUGGGAGACACUUGCCAGUUCAGCUACACGGCGGCCACUUUCGGCCACGAGAACGCUACGUCCAGUUUGGUCUCCGUGUCCAUCACUCCCCAGGAGCGGCUGGCCCUGUCCAACUCGAUGGACAUUUCCCUUUUCGUCAGGACUCGCGAGCCCACCGGUCUCAUCUUUUACCUGGGCACUCCGCCGGCCGAUUCUGGCGGGCCCAGUUACGUGGCCGCAGAGUUGCAGGGCGGUCGUUUGCUGGUCGUCGUCGACUUGGGAGACGGCGAAUUGAUUUUCCCAGCCGCCAGCUCACCGCCCAUCAACGACGGCAACAGUCAUCUCGUCCAGGUUAUCCGGGAUCGACUUCAAUUGCGAGUUAAAAUCAACGGGACGGUGUACCUGAACGAUUCGUUGACCUCCUUCCGGCCCCUUCAAGCCCAGGUUCUCUUCCUGGGCGGUCUGCCGCCCUCUGCCCGACUGAAGCGUCGCCAAACGACUUUGCCGACGUCGAUCUCUUCUCAAUUGGCGUCGGGACAGCAGCAGCCGAUCGGCAUCUCGGUCCAGCUCAACAACAACAACAACGUGCUGGAGGGUCGCAACUUUAAAGGCAUCUUACAAGACAUCCAGAUCAAGAGUGGCAACAUAACGAGGAUCGUGGAAAUUUUCCCGCUGGAGGUGCCCAGUCGCAACGAAUUACCCGACUCGCUGGGAACGGUGGAACGAACCGGCCAAGUCCUCCAGGGCGUUGUGUCCGACAACAAUUGCCGUACGGAUCCCUGUUUCAACGGUGGCAACUGCACCAUCACCUGGAACGAUUUCCAGUGCAUCUGCCCGCCGGGAUUCAAAGGGAAAACGUGCGCCGAGCUGGAAUUUUGCGCCAUUCAUCAGUGCCCAGUUGGCGGUCAGUGCCAUAACCUGAACGACGGCUACGAGUGUCUGUCCAGCGCCACCUUUAACGGAGUCAACAGCACCGUCGAGUACACGAGUCUCGGGAUCGAUGGAUCGUCGACGGGACUCCACCAGACGGUCGAGUUCUCGUUCCGAUCCAAACAAGGCGGAACCGUUUUGACGAUCCAGAACGAGGCCAGCGCUCACGUCAGGUUCAUGCGGCUGGACAUUGAGGGUCGUGGCGUCGUCAUCCGCUGGAUCGCCAAGAGCGGACUGGUCGUCAACGAAAGUCUCUAUGACCUGCCGGAGGCUCUGGACGGAUCGUGGCAUUCGGUUUCGCUCAAUUUGCCCGGCAAUUUCUCGCUGGCCGAAUUGGUGGCGCCCGAAGGCCAAAUUAUCUUGGGCGGAAGUGGCGUGGAGACGGUGACUGUCCAUUCUUUGGUGGAGAGACAAGUGCCGGAUGAAACGACCAUCUUGCCCGACGAGCAGAACGAAGAAAACGCCGAACAACCGACGCCAACGGGACCGGCCGUUAUGUUAAUUCUCCCCGAUUCGGUGCCUUAUCGCGGCUGUUUGAACGAAUUCCGCGUCGGCGGAUUGCUGCUGCCCUUCUUCUCCACUUCGGACCUGUUGAGCGACCCAUCGGCUCGAAAAUUCCGGCCCAUUAGCACUUCCCAGCUGGAUAAUUUGGAGCUCGAGUGCCGAUUGUGCUACGACCACGAGUGCCAGAACGGCGCCAAAUGUUUGGAUCCGCUGGCCAAUUACACGUGCGACUGCCUGGCCGGCUACCAAGGUGACCUCUGCCAGGUCAACAUUGACGAGUGCGUCGACCACCUCUGCGUCAAUGGCGACUGCCUGGACGGAGUGGCCAACUACACUUGCCAGUGUCGAGCCGGAUGGACUGGAUGGCUGUGUGACGAGGACAUCAACGAGUGCGAGCCGGACCCGUGCCAGAACAACGGGACGUGCGACAAUUUGAUCGGCCGCUACUUUUGCAAUUGCACCGAAGAUUUCGUCGGCGUCGAUUGCGAGAAGCCGCGGGUGGUCACUUGCGCCAACGAGCCGUGCCUCAACAGCGCCAACUGCUCCGACCUGUUCGACCUGGUGACUCUGCUGGCCAACAACUACACUUGCCACUGCCCGUUCGGCUUCGACGGUGUAAACUGUGAGAAUCCCAUCAAUUAUUGCUCGGUCCUUGACCCGUGCCGCAACGGCGCCUUCUGCACUGGCGUCUCAUUCGAACCCGGCUACAUUUGUGAGUGCGACGAAGGAUUCACUGGCGACAAUUGCGAAAUCGACAUCAACGAAUGCGCCCAGCGUCCGUGUCUGAACGGAGGGCGUUGCAUCGACGGCGUCAACAAUUUCACCUGCGACUGCACGUCGACCGGAUACGAAGGAUACCUCUGCGAAGUGGACGUGGACGAGUGCCGUCGUGACGAUCCCUGCGUCCGAGGCCGUUGUCUCAAUUCGCCGGGCAGUUACAGCUGCUUGUGCGAGAGCGAAGACGAUUGCGGACGUCACUGCGACCGCAAGGAUCCCUGCAGAAUCGUCCCCUUGAAUGCCAACGAAUCGGUUUGCUACAACGGAGCCAAAUGCACGUCGUACUGUGACGACCUGGACAAAUUGACGAGUCUGCCCAUCUACCGCUGCUCCUGUUCCGAGGGCUACGAAGGAUUCGACUGCUCCAUGCAAAGCGUUUCCCAACUGGAACCCAAUUUGAAGUUGGUGGCCAUCAUCGUGCCGAUCGUGGCCGCUCUUUUGCUGAUCGCCCUUGUCGGUUUCGUCGUUUUCGUCAUGAUGGCCCGCAACAAACGGGCCACUCGAGGCACUUACAGUCCGUCCCGGCAGGAAAUGUUUAGUCCGCGGGUCGAAAUGGGACAAGUCAUGAAACCGCCGCCGGAAGAGCGGCUCAUUUAAAAAUAAUUUACCGAAAAAACAACAAAAUAAUUGAUCGGCAGAUUGACCUUAUUUUUAUUUUUACUAAACAACUCGAUUGAAAAAGGAAGGAAAGGAAAAGAAAAUGUGUCAGUGUGUGCCUUUUGCCGAAGCGGAUCAUGCAAUCGAUGUGAUGGGUAUAUACUUAUACUAAAACUAAAAAAUAAAAAAACAACAAUUUUUACAAGAAAAUAGUAACAAAAAAAGACAAAAAAAAAAUUCCCCGACUAUAAUAUCGAGACCUUGGUGCCUUUUUUUUUUGUUUUUCUUUUGAAUCGAUUGUAAUAACGCGUUGUACAUUUUAUCUCUUUGAAUCAAUUUUGAAAAGAUGACGAGUUUCGAUCUCCUAUUUUUUUUCAAAAAAACAAUUCAAUAAGGUGAUCGCUCUCUCUCUCUCUGAUUUCCAUUUUCUUUUAAAGAAAACAAUUUUACAUCCCCUAUCGACUUAAUCCCGUCCACAAGAUGAUUCUAAUCACCUUUCCCCCCAACCCAACAAUUUGUCGAGGCAAUAACAAUUUUUGGGUGUUACAACUUGAACGGUUGUCGCUCGUUAAAUGUUUCGCUCUCUCCGCCUUUUUCUCCCGAUUGGAAAACAUUUUUAUGUACAGAGCAGAUCCUGUUUCUCGAUGAUCCCAAUGUUAUACAUAGAUAUACUACUUUCCCUCCCCUCUCUUCUUAUUGAAAAUUUGCAUUCCAAAUUAUUUUGUGUGUGUGUCUUUUUUAUGUGUGUGUGUGUGCGUCUAUUUGGGCGUCAGAGCGUGAACGUCUCCACACUCUCAACGUCCAUAAAAGAAGCAAACCCUUAUUAGCCCGAUUCCGUCCGCGUCCCGCCCCGAUUUUAUAAUUGUCUUUUUCUUUUGAAUUUGGAAACAAUGGAAAGAAAAUGGCCUUUUUUUAUUAGCAUUAAAAAAACCCAAUUUUUAUAAGUUAAUUCUUUUCAUUUAUUUUGGGUAUUUUUUUUUUUUUUUUUAGUUUUAAAUUUGAAAAUGUGGCAGACUGAUUUAAUUUGGGUCUGCCGUGUUUCAUUGAUUUGUUUCUUGUCUCUUUAUUGAAUUGUAUGUACCAGCCUACUAAGCCCCCUCAUGUAAAAGUUACUCCCCCUCUCUCCUCAAUUGUUUUUACAGCAUAACCCGAAUCCGCCCCCGAGUUUUCAUUUUGUGCUCUGAUCGUAUAUACACUUUUUUCUUUGUA